ACCAGGACAGACCCCUGUAAUGAGCUGCUUUCGAACUCGCGAUCUUUACAUGUGCCGUCAGGGAAGGUACCAGGUGGACAUGACAAGCAAGUCCCUCCAAAUCCAGAUAGUAGGUUUGUUCUUUCUAUUUUGGGGCUGUUUACCCAGCAGCUGUGAGAGUCAAACAGAUGGCAGCUGGCUAUAAAAUGACCCAAGGUGGCCAACAACCAUUUCUCGACACCGGCGACAGCAUGGUGCUCUUCCUGGUUGCGCUUCUUCUGGGUGCCGCAGCAGCAGCACCCCCAAGGGCUUACCAGGAUGAAGACGGUGAUAAGAUCAUUGGGGGCUACGAAUGCCCCCCACACUCCCAGCCCUGGCAAGUCUUUCUCACCUAUGGGCCGGGCUACCGAUGGUGCGGUGGAUCCCUGAUCAACGAACGUUGGGUCAUUUCGGCUGCCCAUUGCUACAAAAACCCUCGCACGCUGGUUGCACACUUGGGAGAGCACAACACCAUCAGCGAGGAAGGCACAGAGCAGCACAUCCAAGUGGAGAAAGCCAUCCCGCACCCACAGUACAACGCCCGCAACACCGACAACGACUUCAUGUUGAUCAAACUCUCCCAGCCGGUCGACUUCAACGCUUUUGUGCAGCCCAUCGAAAUUUCUCCCAGUUGCCCCAUUGCAGGCACCGAGUGUCUCGUCUCCGGAUGGGGGAACCUUUUGACAAUGGGAGUGGAGUACCCAGACGCCUUGCAAUGCCUGAAUGUCCCCAUUUUGUCAGCAUCCACCUGCCAUGCUUCUUACCCCGGGCGCAUCACUUCCAACAUGUUCUGCGCCGGCUACACCGAGGGAGGAAAAGACUCCUGCCAGGGAGACUCCGGAGGACCGUUGGUGUGUAACGGAAAACUGACUGGCGUUGUGUCCUGGGGGGCCGGAUGUGCCCAGAAAAGUUACCCCGGAGUGUACACUCCAGUGUGCAACUACAAGGCCUGGAUCGAAGAAGUGCUGGCCAACAACUGAGAUCGCCUUCAGGGUUCACUUUUAAGGGGGAAACCCAUGCCCUCUUUUCCAGGAGAGAGGGGCAUUUCCUUGGCCUUCUUCGGAAAGAAGCAAACCUUCCAUUGAAAAUAAAGAAAGGGGCACAGAUAACACCCA